AUGCCCCGGACCAGGCAGAGCAGCCGCCAAGGGUCGUCUGGUCAGGGGUCGUCUGGUCAGGGGUCCGCUCGACGUCAAGGGUCGACUCGCCGUGCACGCUCCUCCAGAGCCGGGCUGACACUGUCUGUGAGUCUGGUGGAACACCUUCUUCGGGAGGCCGGCCAUGCCUCGCAACUGAGAGAAACAGCGCCCAUCUUGCUGACCGCCGUCCUGGAGUUCAUGGUCCGCAGAGUGCUGGAGCUGGCAAUCAACGAGGCCCAACGCCGAGGUGCCGAGAUGUUCAUCACCCCAGAGCUGCUGGACUUCACUGUCUACAACAACACGCCCCUCAGCGAACUGUUCCAGUUCACCACCAUCUCUCAUGUGCCUCUGCCGGAACCUGGUCGUCGUCGUAGCAGUCGUCGACGUCAGUGA